AUGGAUGCAGCCUGGGACUCCAUGGACUCCAUGGUGGACUCCAUUGAAACGGAAACGGAAGCACAACCGGAAACAAAAAAGAGGAAGCGCAGCUGGAACCGCUUCGAGUGCCUGAAGGACAUUGCUGGCGAAGAAGUCACCACACCAGGCAGUCUUUCAGCGGAAUGGGGAUCUGGCUGGCGGGGAACUAAUUUCCUGGUGGAAGUGGAGCAGACCGCUCCCAUGUCCCCGCCCUCGUCGUCCUCCGCUUCCGCUAAUGGCAGUGAGGACUACAUUGGGGAGCUAAGCAGCCAGGAGACGGAAGAAGGAUUCACCACAGGAGCCACCACAGGCGCCACCAAUGGCACCGCCACCGUAGAGACAGGGCCGAAGAUCAUUGUGCGCACCGAGGAGGUCCUGAUUGUCGGCCUCGUCCUGGUGCUCUGGGUGGGCGCCAUCAUGCUGUUCUUCAACCGCUGGGGUAAGAUCCGGAUGCUCGAGCCCUAUCAGCCCAAGUUCCAGCAGCAGCACCGCAGCUCCUGUCCUCUGGUGGAUAUGGACGCCGUUCCUACGCAUCAGCGCGCCUCCGUGUCGCGAAUGUCGAUGGGAAUGGUGCACAAUCUGAAUAUGCCGACGUGUCAAUUUGCGGCCUAUAAUCCCAACAUUUAUGCCAAGGGCUACGCCUCCCAUGUGUCGCAGGUGUCGCGUCCCCGCCAGAACUCCGUGUUUGUGGGGGCAAGUACCAGUCACUACCUGAUGCCGCGUCCGCCGAGGAAGACCCGUUCGGCGAUGGAUCUGCACUCCAUGGUGCUGGACGAGAGUGCCGAGCAGGUGUAAGUUCCAAGCCAAGUGGAGUGGCCAAGGAAUCCAGUAAUGUAGUUGCUAGGUAAGGUGUGGGAGGAGGUGUGAGUGCGAGUGAGCGACUGCCAAAAGCAACCCAUUUUUCUGAAAUCUGUACCUCAGUCUCAACAUUAGGCUCUAGUACCGGAGGAUAUGCCACGUAAUAUUUGUUGGUGAGGCAAGUGAAUGGGUUCAACGGCAGUCCAAAUGUUGUAUCAUCUUUUUUUUUUUUUGUAAUGAGUGUAUGCGAUGGAGAGAUGGAUUAUAGCACUGUCCAAUAUUUGCAACUUAAAAUACUACCAUACCAUAUAUUGUAUGAAUCACUCGGCUGUCUCUGUCUAUUUCUCCAACUAAGCCACUAUCUCUGUCGCAAAAGUGUGUUCUUCAGAGUCAAUUUAAAUCAGUUUUUAAUUUAGGUCAGCCGAAAAUAUAUCUACCCUAGCGUAUUAUUAUCCUAGAGCCCUAUCCAAUGUUACUCAACGUAGUCUUGAUCUAUCUAACCUAAAACCGUAAAGCAUUUUCUUCAACUUAGCGUUUUUCUUCACACAAAUAUUGGAUGCCAGAGCAAAUUGUUAUGUAUACAUACACGGAGAAAAUUAACGUAUAAUUAUCUAUUAAAUAUAUAUAUACACAUAUUUGUAAGGGUUAGUAGAGCCCAUAUUUAGUUCGUAAGCCCAAAGCUCAAAGAGAUCAGCCUACAACUCCAUACUUGACCAAAAACAUCUGUCUAAACUCUUUCUAAACUAACU